GUAUGUGACAUAGAUAAAGACAAGUGACCUAACCUAACUUUAAUGUUGUUAUGUUUGAAUUUAGCAAACUUUUACAUUCUUUUAAAUAAACCCAAUCUAAAAUGGUGAUAGCGCUGGGUUUUGAGGGCAGUGCCAAUAAGUUAGGGGUGGGAAUAAUCAAGGAUGGGGUAGUACUAUCAAAUCCACGGAAAACCUUUAUAACACCACCCGGUGAGGGAUUUAUGCCCAAAGAGACCGCUCAACAUCACAGAGAGAACGUAUUGGAAGUUCUCAAAUUGGCCCUGGACCAAGCUAAAAUAUCAACAGCAGAUAUUGAUGUAGUGUGCUACACUAAGGGGCCGGGAAUGGGGGCCCCCUUGGCUACAGUUGCCAUUGUGGCUCGAACAGUCGCCCAACUUUGGAACAAACCCUUGCUAGGGGUGAAUCACUGCAUUGGACACAUUGAAAUGGGCAGACUGAUAACAGGAGCAAAGAACCCCACUGUUUUAUAUGUAAGUGGUGGAAACACCCAAAUAAUUGCAUACGCCAGAAAAAGGUAUAGGAUUUUUGGUGAAACCAUAGACAUAGCGAUUGGAAAUUGCCUGGAUAGAUUUGCGAGAGUUUUGAAAAUUUCCAAUGAUCCCAGUCCUGGAUAUAACAUAGAACAACUUUCAAAGAAGGGGUCGAAAUACGUCCCCUUGCCCUACUGCGUUAAAGGCAUGGAUGUCAGCUUCUCAGGUAUUCUUAGCUAUCUGGAAGAGAGAACUGACCACUUACUAAAGCAAGGAUUCAGUCCAGAGGACAUGUGCUUUUCCCUUCAAGAAACAAUAUUUGCCAUGCUGGUGGAGACAACUGAAAGAGCUUUGGCCCAUUGCAAUUCCAGUGAAGUUUUAAUUGUUGGUGGUGUGGGCUGCAAUUUGCGCCUGCAGGAAAUGAUGGGCGAUAUGUGUAAAGAAAGGGGGGCAAAAUUAUUUGCAACAGACGAGCGAUUUUGCAUAGAUAAUGGGGUCAUGAUAGCUCAUGCAGGAUAUGAAAUGUUUAAAUCAGGGGUGAGAAUGGAAUGGAAGGAUUCCUUUGUGACCCAAAGAUUUAGAACAGAUGAGGUUGAAACUACCUGGAGAGACGAUUGAUUAUUAUAUCUUUAUUUUACAAAAUAAGCAUUAUGCAAUCAUUAAAGAUACACUUAGUCAGCUA